AUGAGACAUGUAGAUUUGUGUAUAUCCUUGUCUGUAGGUCAAGGCCCCUUCAGUCUGGUGCGACGGUGUGUACACAGGGAGACAGGUCAGCAGUUUGCAGUCAAGAUUGUCGAUGUGGCCAAGUUUACCUCAGCUCCCGGCCUCUCCAUCAAUGAUCUGAAGCGUGAGGCUACCAUCUGCCACAUGUUGAAACACGAACACAUUGUCGAGCUGCUGGAGACGUACUCCUCUGAGGGCAUGCUCUACAUGGUCUUCGAGUACAUGGAUGGAGCCGACCUGUGCUUCGAGAUUGUGAAGCGGGCGAUGUCUGGCUUCGUCUACAGCGAAGCGGUGGCCAGUCACUACAUGCGUCAGAUACUGGAGGCGUUGCUGUACUGUCACGAGAACGACAUUAUCCAUAGAGACAUCAAGCCGCACUGUGUCCUGCUCGCCUGUAAGGAAAAUAGCGCCCCCGUCAAGCUUGGAGGCUUCGGGGUGGCCAUCCAGCUGCAGGACGGGGACCUGGUCAACGGAGGUCGGAUAGGGACGCCUCACUUCAUGAGUCCUGAGGUGGUGGAGAGACAGCCAUAUGGCAAACCUGUGGACGUGUGGUCAGCUGGCGUCCUUCUCCACAUCCUAUUGUCGGGAACUUUGCCAUUCUACGGGACCAAAGAUCGACUCUAUGACUCUAUAUGUCAAGCAAAACUGCAUCUCAACACGCCCACCUGGGAGUCUAUCAGUGACCACGCUAAAGAUCUCGUGCGCCGGAUGCUCACCUUUGACCCCAACGAGAGAAUUACCGUCAAAGAAGCGCUCAAUCAUCGCUGGAUUAAGGACCGCGAUAAGUACGCCUCGCGGUCACACUUGCACUCGACCGUGGAGGAGAUGCGGAAAAUGAACGCCCGACGGAAACUGAAGGGAGCGGUGCUGGCGGCGGUCUCCUCUCCCCGCUGGACCAGCUUCUAUAGCGACCCGACCCUCGACCCGUAUCCUGAGCUUCCUGCCGACGAUGAUGUCUGCAGCACCGGAGCAGUAAGCGUGGUGCUGGACUCCCUGGACGACAUCCAGUGCCUCCAGGAGUGUCCCGUCAAGGACCGGGACUUCCUCCUCUCCGUCCUGGAAGAUACACAGCUCCACGCCCUCCUAGACCUGUACGACCGGAUUCACAGUGCCUCGGUGUCCCCGGGUCGCGGAGGUGUGGCCCAGGACGCCGUAGAGAUUGCCAGAGAUGUGGUCGACCUCAUGCGAGACUACGACGACGCCAUGAUUCCUGAGGUGGACGAGCUACGAGAACUCCUGGGAGAACCGCAUAUACGGGAACCUGUGCAUGAUGGCCUUAAGAUAACUGUACGGCACCUACGUGAGACCAGUAUAAGAAUAUGCAUUAGAAAUAUGGAAGCAUUACCUAAAGAAAGCAAAGCUUUCACCACACCAAAGCUUGAGACAAUAGAAAUGUGGUAA